AGAGGAUGCUGAUCGGAUGAGUCUCCGUGCAGCGCUUGCAACAGUCGCAGCUCCCCGACAUACACACACAGCUGCGGGCCGGUGGAAGUGGAAAGCGUUGUUAGCCCUGUGGAGGUGGCACAGCGACUACUAACGUUAACAUACACGGACAACCGGACGAGGCUUGCAAGGAAUAAUGUAUCAGCUUCCGGUUGGAAAUAUUGAGAAGAUUCGAAAGGCACGCAAGGCAGUGAAAAACAUCCUUGGUGAGAUCGGCCUUGAAGACUGCCAGAACCUGCUAAAGGAUCUCAAUGAAAAGUCAGAGAAAAGUGCAGACGAUGAGGCCUUUGGGGAAACGGAGUGGCUUGAUUUCACAGAUGGAUACAAUAACAAACAACGCAAAAAGUGGCCUUAUCGGUCUCGAGCUCUGUGCUGUAACAUGUGCAAGUACUCUUCACAAAACAUCUACAACUUCAGGAGCCACGUCUCACGCUGCCACGGAAUCAUGCAAUCGUUCUGUGCGCUGGCACCAUGUUCUCAGUGCCUCUUCAUGGGCCACCCCAAGAUCCUCAAGAAGCACAUGCUAUUCUUCCAUGCCAAAGUCACUACACACAUACAGUCUGCAAGAGGAGGAUCUUUACCCACCCAUUGUGGAAAUGAGAGGUAUCAGUGUCGAAAAUGUGGAUUCCCAACCUCUUCUAUCUUUGCAAUGAAGAAACACAUCAUUCUCAAGCACCUUGAGAGUUUGGCAGAACAGUACAUUGGUUACAGAUUACAUGUUCAAGGGACUACGUCUGUAAAGAUCUACUGUUGCAAGGUGUGUAAAGUGAACACUGGAACUUUAGAUCAAAUGUUGCAUCACAUGCUGGUGGAGCCAUCACACUAUUCAGUCAGCACACAAGUUCAGAGUUUGAUUCAUGAGAACAAGAACUACACUAUUAAACCAACACCUAAUGGGAACGGCGUGUUUGUAACAUUCCCGAGUAUUGCUCCUAAACCACAGCAACCUCAGAUAUACAGUAAAUCCUUGGUUUUACCAAGCAAUGGCCAACAUGCUGGGACUGUCGUGGCAUUACAACAAUUACAAGGAACUACAAACAGUACUACGUUUAUCUGUGCCCCUGGAACAAACCAAGCUUUUCUGCCCCCUCAGGCAUCAGCCCUAGUGCAACUAGCUAGUGCUGAGGCUAAAGGUUUGCUUCAGCCUGGGGCCACUAUUGCCCUCCGAAGUGCUUUGCCCCAAGGACCAUCAACGGUUCAUCUUCCCACAGUGUCUAAUGUGUCUCUGAAACAGGCACCAGUGGCCCUAGCCCAUGCUUCUGCUCCACCACAACAGACUCCACAAAAGCAGCAAAUCCUUCUUCCUUCAGGACUGCAAGCCAACAUGGCAGCUGCGACUGGGACUGCACCUAAGCCUGCUGUAGUCACACAAAAUCAAACAAACCAAAUCGGACUACAAGGUACCAUGCUGACGUCACAGUCUCUGCUGAGUCACCUGAUCCCCACUGGCAAUAAGGUGAAUGGCAUGCCGACAUACACAUUUGCUCCACUCCAAGUAGCAAUGCCUGUUUCUCAUAGCACAGUUAGCGCUCUCAAGCCUGUUGAGCAUUCAAGUGACUCCUCAUCACAAACUAAGAAGUGGAUUACCUGUCCCCUCUGCAAUGAACUUUUCCCUUCCAAUGUCUUUGACAUGCACAUAGAGGUUGCCCACCAGACAAAGUCAUCAUCAUCCAGAUCAGAAAGCGUGGCUGCACGAGCAGCAUUCCUAAAGAAAAUGCCUGACAAAACUGUCAAAUGUCUAACGUGCAAAAUUCUACUAUCAGAAAAAAGUGUCUUCCAACAUCUGCUGCAUGGCCUGAAUUGUUUGUACUGCUCAGCUUUGUUCUUUUCAAUCAAACAGCUUGCUGAACAUGUAAAGCAGCACAAUCCCACGAGCAAGGCUUACUGUGAUUUCCUGAGGCAGAAGUACAGGGUCUACUCAAAAGGUAUUGGGGGAAUCCUGUUCCCUUACUUUGAUGUGCACACCACUGCACCAAAAGAGGUCCUAGGAGAUAACGAGGUCAAUCUUGCUCUCGUCACAAAUUCCCUGGAUUUGAUCUUCUUUAAGUUGCAGCCCAGCAGCCAACCAGAAAUCUGCCCAGCCCCUGCAAAAAUCAACAGUGCGUACUGCCCCUUUUGUGACGAAAAGUUCCAGGAUGAAUCCAAACACCUUGACCACCUGAAACAGAAACACCUUGUAGCGCCCACCAUUCAUGCCAUCCUCAAGACGGAAGCUUUCAAGUGCAUAUACUGCAAUGGUGUGUACACGGGAAAGGUCACCCAGCAGGCGGUGAUGCUCCACAUUCAGAGAUGCCGGUGUUCUCCAAAACAACCACCACCACCACCCAAAAUUACAGUAGUACCACAACAGCCACCAAAACCACCUCAGCAGCUCAGUCAGCCACCUGGACUGUACUUUCUCCAAGUGCCACAGGGGGUGACUAUGAAACAGACUAUAGCUCCAGCUCGUGUGGUUCCACCUGAACCCACUGAGCGGACUCCACAAACAGAAGCAGAACUGCUGUCGAAGAAGAGGCUGGAGGCUGCAUGGAGGGAGGUAAUGGAAGCCAACAAACGAGAGCGAGAGGAAAAGGCCGCCAUACGCAAGAAACGAGAGCAGGAAAAAUUGUUACCCCCACCAGAACCUGAGGUUCAGAGUGAUCCCACAGUUAAGCUAGUGUUGGAGCCCACUUCGGUGGAGCGACGCUGCAGCGAUGAGCGCAAAGACUUCAUAUCCAAAUAUUUCAAUCUGAACCCUUACGCAACCAAAGCCGAGACUGAUGAGCUGUGCAAGAGGCUGUCUCUAUCCAAAGCAGAGCUGGCAGCCCACUUCAGCAAGAAGCGCAGCAAGUGCAUGAAGAGUCUUAAGAGGAGCACUGCGGCCAUUCUCCUCGGCUUCAACAUGACAGCACUGAGCAAAGUCAAGCACAACCUCCUCAUCCCAGAACAGCGGCCCACCGAUAGCACAGAGCAGCAGUCUGCAGAUGGAACAGAACCGAUGGAAAAGAUUGACGAUGGACCGGAACCGAUGGAUGAAAGUGGAAAUGAGAAAGUUACAGAUGGGAAACCGAUGGAGUAGAAUAAAUGCAUUUAGAAAUCAGACAAAAAAUGAUUCUGCACAUAUGUCCCUAAUUUUAAAACAGAAUAAAACCCUGAUACAUUCAUGAUGGCCUUUUGCAUUCAGUCACUAGAGACGCUUAUCAUGCAGUGCAUGAAGUGCAUUUCCUGACAUACAAGUUAGCUGUAACUGAGGGCAGUUUGUUAAUGUAGCCUUCAUCAAUAGUGCUUCAUUUGACUUCAGUAUCUUGUCAGUGGUCCAUAUUCUACGUUCCACAUAAAUGCUCCUUGAUAAUGAAGAUGUUUUCAUCUGUGAGAUAUAUAUAAUGGGUCAGACUGUUAAUCUGCAACAUUAUUAAGCUGGUUACAAUCUCUCCUUCACUCAUGGCUACUGACUUAAAAUUAAGCACUGAUUCACCCUGAUAGAUGCUUUUUUUUAUUUUGCAAUCUUUAUUUAAACCCAGUUGUACAAAAUUGUGAUUUACACAUUGCUUGUCUGCUAAUAUCAAGACUGUAGUGCACACUCAACAUAGUUUAUGUAUUAUUAUGUUGUGCUUUCCUUUAUAAAUUGAUGGGUUUUUAAGACCACAUUUGGACCUAUUUCUCGUGUGCACACAUUAAUCGCUUUGUUUUUUGUCAACCAUGUUUUCUUCACAACCUCACAGACUGUUCACAGCACUUCCCCCGGUCUAUAUUUUAACAGUUAAAAGGGUAAAUUGUUUCUUGUUCACCGACUCCUGCUGACAGUUUAGGUGAAUGCUGCAGUACUGAAGCCAAAUGCGUUAGAAUGUAAAAAUGUUUGAGUUGUCGGGUUACAGAGUUCCCAGAGUUAAUGAUCACUCGGGUUAUUAUAAGUCUCUGACCAUGUUGCUUGCAUGAGCCUUUGUUGUCAGAUGAAACUAUGAUUUGUGCCAUUGUGAAGUCUAGAAAUUUGCAUAGACUUGUUGAAAUAUACCUAGAGAUUCAGCAAAACUUACAACUGUGUUAUUGGGUGUUCAUGCAGUCAUAUAUCUUCUGUUCUCCUGACCGCUGUUUUUUUUUUUUUUUGUACCAGUAUUUUCUAUAAUUCCUCCAAAAUGUUGGGAGAGGAACAAAUUCUCAUACUGUCCAGGGCCACUGUGUUGUAAAAAAAAUAAAGUGAUUUCCUUUUAUGUAAAUGAUUCAUUCAUUUUAUUGUUCAUUUCAUAAUAUAUAUAUUUA